ACACACUACCUCAACUCACUCGACUUAACACUUCACACUGCACACUUAACAGAUAACUCGCACUCUGACUUCCUACGUGAUGAAAAAUGCUUUCGGCCCACUCGUCGUCUAGUUGUCUUUUUUCAGAGUCUGGACGGACUGAGUUGUUACAGACUGUGCCACUUGUGCAAACAUAGCGUUUUCACACAGUGCACACAAUAUUCUGGAUAUGAGAUAUGUCCAUACUAGCCUCCAGCACAGGUGUUUUGAACUGGGGUGUGACAAGAACCUGCUGCCCUGCUUCUGCUCACUGUACAGGUGUGGCUUUCAGGGGAAAGCCGCGCCAUGGAGUCCACAGCGUUUGAAAAAUUGCACAUGGAAAUGCAAGGCAGCGGUGAUGUUUUGGCAAAUAGAACGAUGCUUUUUCUCAGCCACUACUCCACGCACAGACGUUCUUGAACCUAGCUAAACAUAGCUCGUGGAUUGCCAUGCCACGCGCAGACCCGGCGCAAUGGGAAACCAGACAGAAGCAACCUUGUGACACUCAAGCGCUCGAUAGAGAUGCAUUCCGUGAGUGUUUGAGGAAGCUAGUCCAGAAACAAGGUCGUAUUACCCGUGUGGAUAGUACUGAAGAUGAGAAAGGCAAAUCGUUUGUUGCGUGGGGCUACUGCACAGCGUGCAGCACAGGUUGCACCAGCAAGUGGCGUUUCAGGACUCUGGCCUCCGAAGAGCCACACAUAGUCUGGGAAUGUCAGGGUAAGUGUGCAGAAGAGCCAGCGGCAGAAGCUCGCAAAAGGCAUUGUCAACGGCUGGUGCAUUUGGCGCCUAUGCAGGCCAAAGCACAAUGCAUUAGCGAGAGCUUGCCCCCAGCCGAAAUGCCUUCUUUGCAUGAUCUGCGCAAAGCGCGCAAGAACCAGCUGGCCAAGGACAAUGGCAAGGAUUUUUCUCUUGAUGUCUCCGGUGACUGGCUGCGCUUCCUGCAAGACGCGCCAAACGACCAUGAGUCGUUGGGGCCAGCGAAGUUUGUGUACCUUCCACUUAAGGGGGAGGCGCCCUGGCUACCGCUGGGUCUGGCGCUGGCUGACCCGCCAGUGCCUGUGGAAGGCUCGACCCUCAUGGUCUCCAAGAACUUCUUAGAUGUCACGAGGAAGUUGUUGGCUACGGGGCAUAGGCAGACAAAGUCCGUCCUGUGCUGUGUUGACGCCACCUACAAGAUCAGUGUAACAGGCUGGGCUGUCUUGGUCAUUGGUCUGCCUAAUAAACACGGAUGCGAUCGACAAGACAACAAAGUCCCGCGAAGUGAGCUAGUGCCCAUUGCAUUGGGUUGGCUGCCGACUGAGAGCAAGGCAUCACUGAUGUGUGCGAUGAUUACCUGUAUGGACUACUACCAGACACAUGGAAUCGAUUUGAGACAAAGCAUCAGCGCUUUCAUGGUCGACGGAGGGGUUGGAGCAUUGUCGGCUUUAGCUCAGGUCUUCCCGAAACUGCCCUUGCGGAGAGAUUUGCGUCAUAUUCUUGUGAACUGCCGCGGAUUGAGCCCAGACAUUGCUCCAAUGGUGUUCCGAACGUACUUGGCAGGGGAGGUGAACUUUGCGGCCUUCCUGCCAACACGCUUGAGCUUUCACUUGUUCUGGGAGCAAAUCCUUGCAGAGCUGGCAGUCGCCAAAAGGUUCGCUCUCCUGACUUGGAUCCGAACAUGUCUCUUGAGUCUGCAGGAUGGCAUGUGGACGGCUGCGUGGCAAGGCGGCCUUUGCAGCUCAUGCGUCCCUGGAUACACUACUGCUUGCGGAAACCAAGGCUUGGAAAGAUUCAACUUGUCUAUGAAGCAAGGCUUGCCUGACAACUACUCUGCAAUGAGCCUCACUACAGUGGCGCCCCGGCUCGAAGCCGCAGUGCGUACAGUCUUCUGUCAGAAAGCUUGGGUUCAUGAAGAGUCCGAGGAGGUACGCGACUGGCAACCGGAGGCAGCUUAUGCCCAACCUUGCCGCGAACUGCUCUUUGGCUCGCCUCUCCAAUCUGACCGGCUCGCAUGGGAGGAAGACAGACAGAGAAAGCAACCGUCUGCUUUCAAGUUCUGGCAGCAGUGCCCUGCCAACUUCGUCGAGACACAGGAGCGUUGUGUCUGGAACGGGUGGAAAGCCAGUGGCUUCUUCACCUUCCACCAGGACUUGCCAAGCGAGGUCAUCGACGGCGACACUCAUGCUGCUUUCACUGCCUUACUCCGAGCGGAAGACCACGCGACGGCUUGGCAGGCGCUUGAGGCCUUGAGUUUACUGAAGAAAGACAACAGCUUUCCAGAUGGACGCUUGAAGCUGGCAAACUUCAGAGCCUUGAUGACGAAUUUGUGCGUGGUGUUCCCGCUCGUGAAGAAGCAGUUUGGUGUGCAAGCAGUUUGCACAUGCAUCACCUUCAUGAAGCUCGGUAGCUGCUGCCACGAACUCUUGGUGAGGUAUUUCCAAGGUGACUCCGCCAUCCGCAUGGCGCCCAUGUCUGCGAUGACUUCUUCCUCAAGCGCGACCUUGUUGGAGACAGAAGAUGAGCUGCGGACCUCCAAGCGGAAAGGGCGUCCACCCUCCUUGCCUUCCAGAAGCGCAUGGCUGACUAUGUCCAACUUGUGGAAACGUGUGGAGGCGCAGCGUGAGAAGAAACGAGAAGCCAAAAAUGAGAAGCGGGAAGCAGCGUGGCUGCUGUUCAAGCAUGGCGCGGAUACAGAGGCGGAGCCUGUGCAGACUUUGCGGGGACAGGAGCGGGAACUCGUCUUGCUCAAGAUCGCAGAGAAGCUCGCUGACGAUGCCUUCAACGUUAGGUGCCUCGCAUGGAGACCAUCGAGUUGGAUAUUGAAAAUCCCUGGAACUGUUUUCCACUUGGAUGCUCUGCGUUUGUGUUUGCCAGUCGUCUUCUACACGGAUGUAGGUUCUUGACUCAUGGUGGCUGGUAGAUCCUUGAACCUCUUCCAAUGAAAUUUCACGAAUGAAGAACCUAUAUACAUCUUUUUUCGCGUCACCUUUUUUCCAAGAGGCUAGAGAUACGAGUGCCAUCAAGGCUGUAAACGUGACAUAUGUCAGGAAUGAUUCGACUCGAGCAAAAAUAUACAUUUACAAAUAUAUAUAUAUAAAUAUUGACGCAUUGAAAUUGAUUGUUUGAUUGGUUCGUUGAUAGACAGUUAGAGAGAUGGAUAUAUAGGUGAACAGAUAGAUAGAUGCCCCGAGCUCAAGGUUCGACGCAGUGGUGCAGUUGAGCCGCUGUGCCGUCAGCAAAGCGGAGGCCAAGAGCCUGAAGCUGCUGCACAUGGUCCUGCCUCUCGCGUUCUCUUCUCUUCCCGCUGUCCUACCUUUCGUGUCUCCUUCCUCUCAAGUGACUUGGCGUCUUCUUCGAGUACCACGACUACUUUGUCUUCCCGGCUAUGUGACCUUGGCGUCUUCUUCGGGUGCCACGACUACUUUGUCUGCACCGGCCAUGUGUCUUGGCGUCUUCUUCGAGUACCCCGAGUACUUCGUCUGCAUGGUCAUGUGACCUUGGCAUCUUCUUUGACUGCCGCGCCUGUGUCUGGGUAAGCUGGGGG